CAUUUCCACUAGUUUGAGUGUUUUCUACUUCACACUGUACAGACAUGAUACAAAAUAUAUAAACAUAUAUAUAGGAGGAGGCAUGGCUGUGUGUUAAAAAGAUUGCUUCCCAACCACUAUGUGGCACCUUGGGCAAAUGUCUUCUACUAUGAAGUGAGUGCUGAUAAGUUCUUGGCUUUGGGUAAAAGAAAAUGUAGGAAGCUCAGUUAAUUAUGAUUUUAUUCAACAUAUUCUCCUCUCAGAUUCACACAUUUAUUGCAGCGAUCCCUCAGUUUUUCUAAGCCCUGUAAAAAGAAUUUGGAAGACUGGGCCUCCAACCAGGCCUCUGUGGCAGUGAUCACAUCUGAAUUGGAGUUAAAUUUUGUUCUCUUAAGAUGUUUCUUCAGUUGUGGUAAGAGGUGAUUAUCGGAGGAGGCCAAGUGAGGAGUGUAAAGUGGGUGGUCUGCCAAUUCAAAGCCAAAGUCAUGUCUUUUCCAUUGAGAUUCAUGUGCUGUCUGUGCUGGCGUAUUGUCCUGCAAAAGCAGAGCACAAAGAAAGAGAUGAAGCCACUCUCUCUUUGGAAGAGAAAUUAAUUUUGGUAUUGAUAGAAAAGCAGUAAAGACCAGAAACAGUCAAGUGGAGAGGGAUAACGGGUUUUGGGGGUAAAAUCCUAAUCUCCUAUAUCGAAAACAUAGGAAUCUGAAAAAAUUUCGGGAAAAAAAGGGUGGGGACGCAAAUGUAAAAGAUUUUCUCUUCCAAAGAGAGAGUGGCUUUAUCUCUUUCUUUCACUUUUACAUUAGAAUGUAUGGAGACACUAUGUUGUCACAAAAAAUGUUAAAACUUUACUAACUUCAUCGAUCUGUGACUAAACCUGGAUUUAAUUUCAUUUUAUACACACUUUGCUAUCUCCCCUACAAAUACCCAGACGUAGUUAGUUCUUCGGGACUUAACAAUCAUGGCUGAAGUACAAUUUUGGAAGUAUUGUUCAAGUUUUUCUUAUUUUGGAAUUAAGAAAGAAUUUGGCUGGACUUUCAACUACUUUAAUCGACUGUAAAUGCACCACGGAAGAGUUUAAUGUAACAUAUCUAUAACUAGAUAGCUGCCUCACAAUGCUAAGAGAUAAACGCUAUGCGACUAGAAGUAUCCAGUCUGAAAUGCCUGGGACGUCAUCGGAUAAUGUCAACUGCACCUCCCUGGAUUCGGGCCAGGCAGAAGCAACCAGCCAACUACCUCCGUCACAGUUUUUAACACAUAAUAUAAUUGGGAAUUCUCUUGGCAAUGAGCAGUUUAAGGAGCUGUCAAAUGCAAACAAGUCACCAUCAGAUGUAUUAUUCAACGACGAGAACAAUGGACGACACAACAUACAGAUGAGGAAAUUUGACUGCUAUAAUCAUACCUUAGAGAAUGGUGAAAUGGUAUUGUUGCCUCAGACAAAUCUACACCAAAGCUACCAGCAGCAACAGCAACCUCAAGAUAACACUGUCUUACUCUCAGGAACACCUAAUAAUCAAGAACUGAUUAAGGAUUAUUUUCAUGAUAGCCUGCCCAGCAGUUGCUGCUGCUCACAUGUCUAUUCUCAGAAAACUUCCUCAUUUGGUAACGCUACUCAAAGACGUCCAGAAUUCUGUGAGGCUAUAAUGAAGUCAAGUUGUAGUGGUACUAUUUCUACUAGUAUUACUAGUAGUAGUAGUAUUAGUAGUAGUAGCAGUGGUGGCAAUAUUAGUAAUUCAAUGUCUAAUCAUGUACUUCAAAUGGAUUCUAAUUCAAAGAGUACCAACGAAUUUCUCAGUCUAGCACCAAACAGUAUAAGUUCUCUGGAGACUUGUGGAGGCAUGUACUGUGAUUGCCCAAUGAGUGCUUGCCAAGAUAUCUAUUGUGAUGGUUCGAUAUGCAGUUGUCAGAACAUGAAUUGUGAUAGUGCCAUGAGUGCAUGCCAGGAUGUUCAUUUUAGUAGUUCAAUGAAUAUUUGUUGUCGUGACAUGUCUUGUAGCAGCUUUGCACCUCCAAACUUAAAGUGUCAAGGACAAAUGAUGCUUCCUAAACCAAAUGCUUAUGAAAGAAAUUCCUACAAGAGCAAUCAACCAUUAUCUAAUGUUAAUUCUAGCAAGGCCCAGGCCAAUAGAUUCUGGGAUAAAAGAACAUCUUUACAAACUCAAAAAGUCCCAAAUACUUUUAUAUAUGAUUUAUCAUACAACAAUGUAAAUGAACAAAUGGAUAAGUGUAUGGCUGUUAAAAGUGAAGACAAUGAAAAGCUAAUUUACUCUGACAAAAACCAAAUUUGGCAAUAUACAACAUGCCACCAGACUUUCCCAUCAAUUAAACAUCAAAACAAAAAUCCAAACUGUUGCUCUUUUCAAAAUUCCCCAAACUCCAUGCUUAAAGUAGAAAAAUCAAAAAUGUGGAAUUGUGCUCACCAACCCCUCUCUGAAAAUUUUGUCUAUCAAGAACAACUUUGUAAAGCUUGUAACCCAACUAUGGAAUCUCAAGAAAUAAGUGGUUCCAUGCCAGCUAUUAACUAUUUACACACAAAUAUGAAAUCAAGAAGGCCUGUGAAUAAUAUGAUUUGUAAGAGUUCAGCUGAUUUAGUACCAUCUCAAAAAUAUAUGCACAAUGGUCAACUUUUUUUCAAUUCUGCCACCACUACUUCUACUAGUACUCUUACCACCACUUCUACCAUCACAAUGACAGCAACCACAUACACCACUGCUACCACCACCACCACUGCUGCCUCCAGUAACUCCUUCUCACCUCAUUGCUGUUCCUCCUGUUCUGUUCAACCUCUUAACUAUAAAUUAUUUCCACCUAAAACUUCGGAAUGUUCAACAACUGAAGUAGUUGACAGCAAAGUCUCAUUACAAUAUGACCAACAUUCUGUGAUAAGCUUCAUGUCUUCAGACUCCGAGAGUGAUAACAUGACUUGGUCAGCUAGUGAAGGAGGGAAAGAAGAGAUGAACAAAUCAAACAGUUCAGGUCGCAGCCUCCCAAGUCCACCUGUCUUCAAGAAUGUUUCAGAGGCAUUACAUCGAUUACCAGAAAGUCCUAAGGUGCCUUUGGUGUGCAUGGAAGAUGUUAUUGUUAUAGACUCCUCUCCUGGAAGUGAUAGUUCUUCAAAUGACACCCCAAAUAAUUCAAAUACAUUAAAUAGUUCUGUCAAACCCCCAACUUCACAGCAGCAGUCUUUUAGAGCAAAGACAACUACGAACCCGAAAUCAGUUAAAAAAUUGUGUUUUGAUGGAGAAAAAUGUGAAAGCCAGUUUUCUAAGAAUUCUAAAGAGAGUUCUAAAAAUCACAGAUCUCAAGAAAUAACGAAAGAAAAUCCAGCAAAUUCUACAAGCAAAACGUCAGCAUCACGCUCAAGUCAGAAAAAUUCCAUUAUAAAUAAUAAACCCAAUCCAGUCUUUUCAAGGAGUAACAGAAUUCGUUCACCAAGCAUCCGUUACAAGGAUGAUGUCUUGUCUUUUCCUUUAGUCUUUCCUAGUCGUUCAAGUCAGUCAGCUUCAAAUAGAGUGAGUGAAAUUGUACAGAAGUCCAGAGUGACCAAUCGACGACGCCAAUCAGAUUUGGAAAAAGUUAAAGAGAAAUCAUCUGUGAAACCAGAUGAAACAGUAACUUCCAAAAAUUUAAAACGUCAAACAAAAUAUACUCCAGAUACUAAAUCUACCAGUUUACCUUUAGAUCGGAGGAAAAUGCUGCGGUCUUCAAAUAAAGUAGAGGAAAAAUCUCCAGUUAAAUUGGAGAAAGAUAUCAAAAUAGAUGAUAAAAAUCCUGUACAAAAUAAGGAAGUAGUUUUGAAACAGGAGCAGGAAGAUCAAGUGGAAUUUAAACAACCUGAAAAUUUGCUAAAUAAGAUCUCACCAUCUCUUCAAAAUGAAGAUGGAUCUGAUAAGUGUCACCAAGCAGUAGAAUCUCCACCUAAGAUUGUGGUGCAAUCACACAAGGUCAACAAACCAUGUAGUUUUGAAGACAGAGCAAAGAAACUUCAUACAGCCACUGCAUCAACUUGCCAUACUAAAACGGAAAGAAAGCACAAUUCUCAUAACACUGCCACAACAACGUCUUUUACUAGCAACCAAAUUCAGCCAUCAACUAGUUCUGUAACUGCCAAUUUUCCUUCAACCGUUAAUACAGUCAUUAGAGAGCCAUUACCUCUUAGUAUUUUAUCAAGACCAGAAAAAGCAAUAUCCGAAUGUAAAAAAAAUUCUGCGUUUGUAAGCUCUGAAUUGGACAGGUAUCUUGCCGGAGAAGCUGAGUCAAUUAAUUCAAAUGUGGAUUUAUCCUUUUCAAAAAAUAAAGCGAUUCUUCCCAAAAGUGGGCCAUUUUUACCAACCAAAACAACUCCUUUCUGUGAUAAAACUUACGCUUUUGAAGGUAAUGAAAAGUCAAAUGAGAAAACUCUUCAAAAGACAACUGGCAUUGUUUAUAAUACAAGAAGUAAAUGUAGCAGUAGUUCUGUUGCUGUCCACGAUAGUGAUAAGAUUAUUGUUGAUAAUCAUCUUCAUGUUGAUGUUUUUGAUAUGGAUAAUGACGCAAAUGAUAAAACUGGUAAUGUUACUAACGAUAAUAGAGAUAAUGUUAACAAAAAUACUGGCAAUAUUAUAAAUGAUAAUCCUGAUUAUGUUACAAAUGGAAAUAAUGAUAAUGUUACAAAUGAUAAUUCCAAUAUUGUUACAAAUAAAAUUACUGUUAAUUUUACAAAUGAUAAUGUUACAAACGAUAAUAACUUUAGUGUUACUAAUGAUUAUAAUGAUAAUGUUAUUAGUGAUAAUAUCGAUAAUGUUACGAACAAUUACACUGAUAAUGUUUGUAAUGAUAAUAUCGACAUUGGCAAUGUUAAUGUUAAGGAUACUGUUAAUAAUUCUGUUAAUAAUAAUACUGUUAACAAAACUUAUGAUAAUAAUAAUAAUAAUAGAGAAAACAAUCAUAACAAUGAUAAUGCUGAAAGAUUAUCAUUGCCAUGUAAUAGUUCAGUGAAAGAUAGAGUCGAUUCAAGUGUUAAUGAAACCAAGGCAGGUAAUUCAUUUAGUUCAGUAUAUAGCAAUCACCUGAUUGAGUUGACUGCUGUAAGUAAAAAGAUUUCAGCUAACAAUUUACCUGAAUCUAGUCAGUCCAAGUCAUACUCUUCAGGGACUUCAAGUCUGUACGAACCAGACUUUGAUGAAGUUGAUGGCAUUUUGUUUAUGUCCUUCCCAUCUGAGGAAUCUUUACAGGCUCACAUUGCUGUUGAACGUAAGGAUAAUUGGGAAUCUACUACUGGUCAUAUGUCUAGUAUUUCUAAUAUUCUCAGUUUCCAUCGCUGGAAGGAAACUCAUCAAGAGGAGAAGUUUCCUAGGCCAGCAUUCGACAAAAACAUGAACCUUCGGGGCUUACACAUGCGAUUAAAAAGAUACUGCAAACUUCUACGGUCUGAAUGGCUCAAAAUUAAACAGAAGAAUUUAACCAGAAAUAACCACAGAAAAGCUUUCAAGUUCAGUCGAUUCCAGAUGGCCACAAGAAGCAAGAGAUGGACCAGGACUAAUAGUGCUCUUUGUGCAGGCAGGAGCAUAACAUCGCGGAACAAAACUGCUGGUAAAUUUCAAAAACUUCACUGGCGAACAGAAGCUCGGCUUCUUCGAGGUUUGAAACCGGAAGAAGUCCGACAAAUGGGAAUGAAGAAGAAACGUAGAAAGAAGUUCAUUUUUACUCACCGCAAGGGUUGCAAAAGACAGGAUGCUUCCGGAAAUGAGGACUCUGAUAGUGGCAGUAGCAAGAAUUCUAUGGAAGAAGAUGCUGUUAGCCAUACUUCAGUAGUAAAAGAGGUGAAGGAAGUGAAAUGUGGAAAGAAUGGUUACAUCCAUCCUAUGCGCAGCUGUUGUAGGAAAGAGAAGGUGGUAUCAGUUGAAGAGAAGAUGUCAAAAGCUGUUAGAAGUUGUAAAUCUCAUUCUGAUGAAGAAAAACCUGUCAUUGAAAAAUCAGCUCAUUUGUUGUAUCAGUCAGAUGAAAUGCAUGCCAUUAGGAAACUUGGAGAAUUUGAGCUGAAUGAACCUUCAAUACGGAAAAGGACAAGAAGUCAGGUAGAAUAUUUCAAAGACCAACAAACAAAGAACCAACGUCCCAAUAAUAGUCUGCCGCUGACUACUUUUACUCAAAGUAUGGCCCAGGCAGCCACAUCAGCUCUCCAUGACAACUUCAUCAGAAAGAAUGGUUCUGCUGCCACAUUGGCUGCUUUCUCUGAUGGCAAACACGACACAGAUAUGUUCACACAGGUGGACUCUGUGAUGGAUGAGAAAAGGAGAUUGGAGGAGGCUUCACAGUUGAUACCCCUAGGAGGCUGCAAAGGUUACAAAGAAAAACACCCCAGUCAAGCACCUGCAGUCCGUCUCUGCAACACUUCUGAGGAAGAACUAGAUAAGGAAACUGUCCGCAUUCUCCUGGCUCGUCAAAAGCUGAAAGCAAAAAAUGAGAAAUGUAAUAAACCAGGUUGCCGGUAUGGCUGUAUCUGUCACUUGUGUUGGAUUUCAGAGAAUAAUGAAGAAUUAACUAAGCCUUGUGCAAUUUCUACUAAGGCCUGUGAUAAAGAAUAUUGCCGUUUAGGUUGCAUCUGUGAUAACAAUGAAAAUACGAAGUUGAAAGUAGACUGUGCUAAACCUUGUUGUGAGUUGACCUGUUGCUGUGAUUCCCCCACUAAGAACUUGCCAACCGAGUCCAAUAAAUCAAGCCCCCCUAAAAAUUUAGAUUGCAACAAGACCGAUACUGCCAAGAGUCCAUUGACAUCACCUGUAUCUAACGAGUGUGUCGAUGAAAAUUCUUGUUCUUCUGUGCAAGACAAAGACAAGCUAACUUCUGCUGACGAUACACCGUCGAACAAAGAGGAUACCAAUUCCAACAAAAGCAAACUUCCCAAGAAGGACAAAUAUGCUUCGCUUCCCAGACGGCAAAUGACUCAUCGAACAGCCAAGAAUUUAGAUGCUAUCAGCAGAAAAGCAAUGAUGUUUUAUGAAACAAGUGAAAUGUAUCAUUUGAAAAAAAAGAGGAAUCAAUCUUCAUUGCGCUCGCAUGUUGCUGGAUCCAGGAGAAAGUUUUCUUGUAAGAGCACAAAGUCAGUGCAAGGCAAGGCUUCUGGCAGUGAGAAGGAGAAUUCCAAAUCUUCAACACCAUUUAAACGAACGUAUUCUCUUCGAGGAAGCAGCAGCAGACAUCUGAGUACUGAAAAUAGUGAGAGAUCAAGUGAGCACUCUGGCCACACAUCAGAUCCUUAUGCAUACCCAGGCCAGAGUAUAGAAAACUGUGUUGUUGAAAUUGACCAAGUUAAUGGUAAUAAGCACUGUAAGCAGUUUGGUGUUGUGACAAGAAAAAUGGUACCCAAGGAAGAUACAGAAAAUUAUAAUGUUGGGAAUAAAGAAUUACAGCAAAAUGCUAAGGAAACAAGCAUAGCGAAAAGAUUACGUAUGACCAGUAGAAAGCCCGUUUAUCACAAAAGUUGGUCUCUCAGAUCAAAACAAGUAAAACUGCUAGACGCACGUACCCAGUCAAUGAGACGGAGUAAUCAAGAAAUGAAGGAAGGAGCAUACAUUACUCAGUCUGGCUGGCUGCUAAGGUCAAAAGAGAGAUUAGCAAAGACAGUGAAGAAAGAACCAGUCCAGGAAUUACCUGUUAGAAGGUGCCAUACUCGAUUGUCUGAAGCAGGAAAUGAGAAAAUAAAAUCUGAAUACAAGAGAACUAUGAAAAUUAGGUCCAGAAAAGCAAGUUCAGGUGUAAACUGUACUAAUAAAGCAGUCAAGAUGAGGAUGAAGACAGAAAUAAGAGAGUCCCCACAAACAUAUCACAAAAUUUUACCCACACUUUACAAAAAUAAUCAAUCAUUAAAUGAUGCGAUGUCAAAUAAGUCCCAAUCAUCAUCUCCAAACACAUUCCAAAACUCUGGAAUAGUAAAUAAUUCUGAUUUGGUUUCUGCAGUUUCAGAAUAUGAUGGAAACACUAUCAUUCCUAAUUCUUCUAGCAAUGUCUCCAACAAUCAUGUUCAGUUGGUUUCCAUCCCCUUUCCAACGAAACAUACAAACCAAAACCCUGCAGAUAUUUCUGAAUGGAAUUCUGAUGUAGUUGCACUUCCUUUGUCAAUUCCAAGCAACACCUCUUCAGUGUCCGAUAACUGUACUAUGGAGAAUUCCACUUGCAAUUUACCAAACUCUGUGAGAAACAACAUUGUUGUUACUGCUGUCAAUCAAAAUAACACAGAUGUGAAUGACAUGGUAGCAACUAAUUCACAACUCCUUCCUCAGAAUUUGUUAACUGCUGAAAGCAAACACGGGUCAGUUUUAAUACCCUAUGACACCUCACUUUCUAGCAGUGAAGCCAUAGUUGCUGACCCAUCUACUGACAGUCCUGAUGACAAACAAUGUGUCACUAGAACAAGUAUAAGAGAAGAUAGUCAUUUGGCUGAGGCUGCAAUGACAGCAUCUAGCCAACAAUAUGAGAACUUGGAUAAUAAAUUUUCAACAGAAUUACAUCAGCUGAAAAUAGAAAAAGUUGAUCCAAAUUCAGAAUCACAGUCAUUGAUAAAAUACAAACAUAUUGACAAUCUAAGUUACAAGAAUGAUUCAGGAAACAGUUCAGCUACAUCAGUGCCAAAUGGCGUAUAUUUGGAUGUUCAUUGUUAUGAAGACAUAGUUGCUGAUGAUGAAGGAUACCACAAUGCUUGCAACUCUAGUUCCACAAAAGACAAGAGAAACAGCAAAAGGUUCAGGAAUGAUAUCCAGCGUUCACGUCAUAUGUCUCGAGAAAGGGAACGUCGUCUUCAAAUACUGAGCAAAAUGACCAUAUUACAGUUGGUAGUGUAUGAAAAUGAUCCAGAGAAUAGGAAUAAGAUUCUUCCAAAGCAAGUUAUUUUGGAUACAGCAAUAGAACUCGUCCAUUCCUUAAAGAUUGGUGAAGAUUAUUUAGUAUCAGUGAUAAGUUCUUUGUAUACAAAAAAUGACUUUCUCUGGGAGAAGUUAUCAAAAGUUAAAGGAGAAUUAUAUGAAAUUGGUUACGUCGAAUCAGAGAUCAAUAAAAUUCUUGAUGAUGCUGGCUUACCAUUUGACAUGUACAAACCUCCAGUGAUAUCUACGGCACAGACGUAUGAAGACAUGGGAUCUCCUCUCAAGUUUGUUCCAUCAAAUCAUCCCUCAACUUUCGAAUGUCAGAUCAUUUCUGACGAAGACUGUGAAGUCGAUGUGGUCUCAGAGACUACAACAGUUCCCCAGAAGCAAAUUCUGAUUGCACAGUCUCACCAAUCUACACCAAACUGCAACGAGCCCAUUAGUAAUGACGACGAUGUAAUUAUACUAUCGCCACAAUGGGAUACAGAAGAGAAAAUAUCAGACGUCGACACUACUUCCUCCACUCUUAUGAUUGAUAGUGUUUACAGCCUGGCUCCAGAAAACUACGAGAACUUCAGUACUUCAUAUAACAUCACUGAUGAUACACAGAUCAUCCAACUGGAUUAAAUUUUCUAUGCAUUGGCCCACUGUUGAGUGACUUUUUCCAAAUUUUACAUUUAGUGUGUGAAUAAGGAAUAACAGCUUGCAUAUGUAUAACAUACACAAGCACAAACCAAAAAGUAGAAUAUUAACUGACCGAAUAUAAAACAUGCCACUGCAUUCUGUCAUUCUUAAGAAGUCAUAAUAUUGUAACAAUUUGACAUCUCUCCUUGAUUAUAUAUAUAUAUAU